AUGAACUUUGCAAAGGCUUGUCUUCAUUUAGAUAUCAAUACUAUCAAAAAGUGUUACACUGGGAUGGAGCCAUUAUACCGAGUAAUUGUAUUAUCAAAUAUAUCAAUUUCUUUCUUUGUAAGAAUUAUGUCGUUAAUAACUUUAUUAAUUAAUGAAGGAAUUCUUAGCUAUGAUAAUAACGAUUCAUUUGAUAUUACUUUUAAUAGAGUUUCAUGUAUAGAAUUAACAAACCAUUUGCAAAUUAUAUGGACAUCAUUUUUAAUUGAUUCAUUAACAUUAAGUUGUAUCCCAUCAUUUAUUGGAAUGUACAUUAUUGUAUUAAUUAUGUGGAUGAUAUGGAUUCCAUUACAUUUUAUUAGUUCAAUUAGAUUUGAUAUAUUUCCAAUUACUUUAAUGUCAGUUUAUACAGUAACCUUUCUUUUCUUAUCAUUAAUUGGAACAUUAAGAUAUUUUAAUAAUGCACCAUUUUUCCCAACACCAAUCUUUGUAGAACGGAAAUCAUUUCUCAAUCGUUCUUUUACAUCAUUGAUAUUAGUUCAAUAUAUUUUUGGAGAAACUGUUCUUCAUUUCUUACCAACAACACAAACAGCUUCUUUCUUUUAUAAAUUAUUACAUAUCCUUUGUCCAAUUCUCCUUCUUAUAUUUAUUUAUUUACCAUUAAGAAAACAUUAUACAAUGGGAUAUACUGUAUUAGCAAUUGUCCUUCCAUUGUCUGCAUCUUAUUUUGCUUUAGGUCACAAUUUUGGUAUUCAAUACUAUUUCUUCUUUGUCUUUUAUUGUAUUUUUUCAAUUGGACAAGGGAUAAUGCUUUAUAUCCUUUAUCCAACAUUACCUGACAAACCAAAUCUUGAAAUUUUAAUGGAAUAA